UGCGGGGACACAGCGGUGGCUCCUCAUGGCAGUGCCUCAGGCGCCACCACCACUAUGCAUUGGUGGGUAGCAGGGUGCUGGGGCAGGAUGCUUGGGGUGACCUGGACGUCCCCCAGCCUCUCUGGUGGUCAGUGACAUGUACCCAUGUACCGGCAUCUCGCCUCCUCGCUGCUUGGUCGCAGGGUCCAGCACUCCCAGCUCACCCUCAUGUGCCUCUGGUCAGGGGCUGGGGGCUGCAGGAGGUGGGAAGAGGAGAAGAAAGAAGAUCAAGUGAAAUGGACCCAGCUGGAGCACCGAGGCCCCUACUUUGUCCCUCUCUACGAGCCGCUGCCCGAUGAUGUACAGUUCUAUUACGAUGGCAAACCCCUAAAGCUGAGCCUGGCCACAGAAGAAAUUGCCACCUUCUAUGCCAAAAUGCUUGAUCAUGAAUACACAACCAAGGAGAUCUUCCAGAAUAACUUCUUCAAUGACUGGAGGAAGGAGAUGACUUCAGAGGAGCAGGAGAUAAUCAAACACCUGGACAAGUGUGACUUCAGUGAGAUCCACAAGUACUUUGUGGACAAAAGUGAGGCACGGAAAGCACUCUCCAAAGAGGAGAAGCAGAAACUGAAGGAAGAGGCAGAUAAGAUCCAAGAGGAGUAUGGGUACUGCAUCCUUGAUGGGCACCGGGAGAAGAUAGGCAACUUCAAAACGGAGCCACCUGGGCUGUUCCGUGGACGUGGUAACCACCCCAAAAUGGGCAUGCUGAAGAAGAGGAUCAUGCCAGAAGAUGUCAUCAUCAACUGCAGCAAGGACUCCAAGAUCCCCACGCCACCAGAAGGGCACAAGUGGAAGGAGGUGCGCUUCGACAACACUGUGACCUGGCUCGCCUCGUGGACAGAGAACAUCCAGAAUAGUCUGAAGUACAUUAUGCUGAACCCCAGCUCCAAGCUGAAGGGGGAGAAGGACUGGCAGAAGUAUGAGGUAGCCCGGCGCUUGAAGGAUGUUGUGCACAAAAUCCGUGCUGAGUACCAAGCUGAUUGGAAGUCCAAGGAGAUGAGGAAGAGGCAAAUAGCAGUGGCCCUCUACUUCAUUGAUAAGCUGGCCCUGCGAGCUGGCAAUGAGAAGGAGGAAGGGGAGACUGCAGACACAGUUGGCUGCUGCUCCCUGCGUGUGGAACACCUGAAACUGCACCCCAGGCUGGAUGGAGAGGAGCAUGUGGUGGAGUUUGACUUCCUGGGGAAAGACUCCAUCCGGUACUACAACACAGUGUCGGUGGAGAAGCCGGUGUUCAAGAACCUGCAGCUGUUCAUGAAGAACAAGGACCCAGGAGAUGACCUCUUUGAUAGGCUCAAUACAAACAUCCUGAACAGACAUCUCCAGAGACUGAUGGAUGGUUUGACUGCCAAAGUGUUCAGAACUUACAAUGCAUCCAUCACUUUGCAGGAGCAGCUCAAGGCACUAACUAAGUCUGAAGACAGCGUUGCAGAAAAGCUGCUCUCCUACAACCGAGCUAACCGAGCUGUGGCCAUCCUGUGCAACCAUCAGAGGUCUACACCAAAAACCUUUGAGAAGUCAAUGAAGAACCUCCAGAGCAAGAUUGAUGCCAAGAAGAAACAAGUGGAGGAAGCUGAGCAAGAGCUCAGAAAAGCUGAAGAGGAGUUUGAAGACAAAAAAGAUCCCAAAGCAGAAGUCAACGUGGAGAAGAAAAAGAAGCUGUUGAAGAGGCUGGAGGAUCAGCUGGCCAAGCUGAAUGUCCAAGCCACAGAUAAAGAGGAGAACAAGCAGAUAGCUCUGGGCACGUCCAAGCUGAACUACCUGGACCCCAGGAUUAGCAUAGCUUGGUGCAAGAAGUUUGGUGUGCCCAUCGAGAAGAUCUACAACAAGACCCAGAGGGAGAAGUUUGCCUGGGCCAUUGACAUGACUGAUGAGGACUUUGAAUUCUGAGGUGGUGCUUUUUCACCUUGCUUUGUGCUACUUUUUUGAUGUCCUGCUGCAGUUGUCGGUGGGGUGGGUGUGGGCAGUUGGCUAAUGAAAUCAUUUGA